AUGGAUGAAAUUUUCCACAUUGAUCAAGCACGACGUUUUUGUGUAUUGAAUUUCACAUGGAAUCAAAAAAUUACGACACCGCCAGCUAUAUAUAUACUUUCGCUACCUUUUUUUUGUGGUUAUGAACGAUAUACUAAUUCUGCCUUGAUUCCUUUCGCUUUUGUUGGUUGCAUUCGGUUCCGACAACUCUUCCAGAAACCCGUAUCCAAAUUAAAUUCUCGGUAUAUGGAAUUUGCAUUAAGUUCCCUAACAGCUCUAUUACUUCCUGUACUUUUUCAUUCUUCAUUCCUGUAUUAUACUGAUUUGUUAUCAUUAACAACACUAUUGUGGGCUGCUGCUCUUCAACCGAGUAUACUGUCCUCUUCAGUUUUUGCUAUUUCUAUAUGUACCCGACAAACAAACAUCGUUUGGGCAGCAGUCUAUGGUUUAACUCAUUUGUUUAUUUUAUCCAAAAAGCAGAAUAAAGGCACUUUAUCAAUAGUAGUGGUGAUUAAGAGCUUGCUGCAUCUGUGGUCAUUAUUACUAUUGCCCGUUGGUUUCAUCAUUUUUUUCAUAUUGAAUGAUAAUAAUAUAGUGCUCGGUGAUCGUUUGGCCCAUCAGCCAGUGGCCCAUUUCAUGCAGAUUUCUUAUUUCUUGAUCUUUUUUUGUUUCAGUUCAGCACCUUUAUUAGUAUUUUCUUCCAAAACUUAUCGAUGCAUUGGGUAUAUCAUCCGUAAGCCUUUUAAAUUGUUGAUUUCAUGUUUACUUUUCACCUGUUGCGUUUACUUUUUCACGUUACAACAUCCAUAUUUGUUGGCUGACAAUCGUCACUUCACUUUUUACAUUUGGAGGCGGUGGUUUUUACGUCAUCCAUACUGUAAAUAUUUUACUAUAGUCCUUUAUAUCAUAGCACUUCAGUUAUUUAGCCAAAUGAUGGGGCAUAUUUCAAGACCUCUUACUUUGUUAUAUAUUUCGGGAACAGCGGCAGUAUUAGUACCGGCAUAUCUGCUAGAACUAAGGUAUUUCAUUGUGCCUUACAUUUUCUGGCGCCUUAGCUAUCCAGAACGACGGAUUCCGGUAAUUAUUCUAGAAUUGAUUUAUGAGCUUCUUAUUAAUGCUAUUGUUUUGUAUGUAUUCCUAUAUAGGCCUUUCGAAUGGUUACAUGAACCAGGCAUUAAACAGAGAUUCAUGUGGUGA